AUGAAGCCCGUUCUUAUGAUGAUAAUGUGUCUUUCCGCGGCGUCUUUGUAUGCCGACGCAGCCGCCGUCUCCAACUCCACUCUAGAGGACGAGCUUUACAACAGCAUCCUCGUUGCGGAUUACGACAGCGCUGUUGAGAGAAGCAGGCAGAUCUACGCGGACAAGAACGAUGACGUCAUCACAAAUGUCGUAAACAAACUCAUACGAAACAACAAGAUGAACUGCAUGGAGUACGCCUACCAGCUCUGGCUCCAAGGCUCCAAGGACAUCGUUCACGAUUGCUUCCCCGUUGAGUUCAGGCUUAUCCUCGCAGAAAACAACAUUAAGCUUAUGUACAAGCGCUUCGGGCUCGCUUUGACGUUGGGCGAUUCCGAUAUGAAUGGCAGAAUUGCCUUCGGGGAUGGCAAGGACAAAACGAGUCCAAGAGUCAGCUGGAUGUUCAUUCCUCUGUGGGAGAACGACAAGGUCUACUUCAAGAUCUUGAACACUGAGCGUAACCAGUACUUGACAUUGGGAGUGAACACUAACGGACACGGCAGCCACAUGGCCUACGGAGUCAACAGCGUCGACAGUUUCAGAACCCAGUGGUACCUGCAGCCCGCUAAGUACGACAAUGACGUCUUGUUCUUCAUAUACAACCGCGAGUACAGCGAGGCACUGGUGCUCUCUAGGGAAACAGACGGCUCACAUAACCGCAGGGCCUUCGGAUACAGAGGCCGCGUCGUGGGAAGCCCCGAACAUUACGCUUGGGGCAUUAAGGCUUUCUAA